CGUCGUGUCUGUCGUCUCUGGUUACACCCACAGCUCGGCCGUUGCUACUGAAGUUACCAUUAGCAACUGGGCAGCGCCCGGCGGAUCACCUACCGACGCCCUGGGUUCUGUACAAAUACAGUUAGCUUUCCAUGUUUCCAGGCAGCAGUAAAGGCCUGGAGAGACAGUAGAAUGCUGGAGAGGUUGGCCAUGGUUCUGACGUAAGGCACCAUCAUGCUGCCAGGAGUUGGUGUAUUUGGCACAGGUAGCACAGCCCGAGUGCUGGUCCCUUUGUUGAAAGCUGAGGGCUUCGAUGUCCACGCACUCUGGGGACGAAGUGAAGAGGAAGCGGGAUGUUUGGCAAAAGAGCUUGGCAUCCCGUUUCACACCAGCCGAUCUGAUGAUGUCCUGCUACAUCAAGAGGUUGAUCUCGUUUGCAUCUAUAUUCCACCUUCAAUGACAAGGCAGAUUGCUGUCAAAGCACUGGGUAUAGGAAAAAAUGUUGUGUGUGAGAAAGCUGCCACUGCAGUGGAUUCAUUCAAGAUGGUGACUGCAGCUAGGUAUUACCCACAGUUGCUCAGCAUUAUGGGUAAUACCCUGCGUUUCCUCCCAGCUUUUGUUGCAAUGCGGAAGCUGCUGGUGGAAGGAUACGUCGGUGAGCUGCAGGUGUGCGAUGUCCGAGUGUACGGGCCCAGCCUCCUGGAUGAAUCGUAUGGCUGGACCUGUGAGGAGCUGAUGGGAGGAGGCGGUCUGCACACUGUCGGCUCAGCCAUUAUCGACCUGCUGAGUUACUUGACUGGUGCUCGAGCCCAUCGUGUUCAUGGCUUACUGCGGACAUUUGUGCAGCAAAAUGGUUUGAUUCGGGGAAUUCGCCGUGUCACCAGCGACGAUUUUUGCUUUUUUCAAAUGUUAAUGGGAGGCAGUGGGUCCAGCUCAGGUGGGGUGUGCUGCACUGUGACUCUAAACUUUAACAUGCCAGGGUCAUUUGUGCAUGAGGUUAUGGUAGUCGGAUCUGCUGGGAGACUGGUCGCCAGGGGAACAGAGCUGUACGGCCAACGUAAUGGAAGUAAAGGUGAGGAGCUCUUGCUAGGAGACAGUGGAUGGGUUGGACCAGAGGUGAAGGAAAUGCCCCUCCCUCACCUUCGCGGGCUGAGCUCCAUGGUUAAAGCAUUGAGACAGUCUUUUCAGGCUCAUGAGGAGCGCAGGUCGUGGGCACGUGGACCUGUUGCCAUGGCACCAACAUUUGAGGAUGGCUUGUAUGUGCAGACAGUGGUAGAGGCGGUGAAGCGGUCCAGCUCCAGUGGAGAAUGGGAGUGUGUGGAAAUCAUGAGUCAGGAGCCAGACCCCAACCACAACCUGUGUGAGGCUCUGCAGAGAAAUAAGAACUAAACACCAACAUCCAGUGCAACGACUACAGCCUCCAACGAAUUAACUCAACUGCUCAGGCUUUUGACAUUUUCUGCAACUACUCUGCAUUUUCACCUUCUGUUAUAUUUUGGUUUAGAAAGUCUAACUAUUGCAAUUGUUUGUGAUUUCCCAGUUAUGAAUAUAUGUAGUCAUACACUACACAUUUGUUAACAGCUCCAUUAUUCUCAUUGUCGACAGGGAAGUGGACAUGGCACAAAUUCCUUUGAAGGAACUUUAUGGCCAGAAAAGUUCACCUGUCAUUAAAACGCCACCUCAACGUCAAAUACAGGAAAAGAGGACUUCUGAGGACUUAUAAUAGCUUUUCGGUGUCUGCUCAUACUGUAGCGCACAUCCUAUUGAAGCAGCUUAUUACUGUAUUUUUAGAAAAAUGCAUAAUGUCAUCAAAAAUUCACUAUUCAUCUGAGAGUCCGAUUAAAACUUUACUCUUGUACUUGAGUUAGAGUUAAAUAAAAAUUGCUGUAUUUUAUGUACACCUCAGUUUUUAAAGCACGGUUUUACUGAUUUUGGUAUCAUUAGCAGCUCAUAAUUUAUCUUGUUGAACAGCUUAGUGCCACACAUUAUGUCUGUUUGAAGCUAAAUGUACAGGUGGACAUUAAUGAUGGAUUUUACUUCCUGUUGUAUUUAACAUUUGUGGUGGUGUAUGCUAUAUUAGUAUUUUGGUUUUAAUUUAUUCCCAAAGGCAGUCGCACCUUAUUCAUAAAGGGAAUGUUUACAUCAAACAGGAAUGUGAAUAAACGGAAAACAUAACACAUGGGAACGAUUUGACUAACAAAUUGGUUUCAUGAUAAAUUCAAAUAACCUUACAAUAGUGGCGCUCAAUCUCUAUCCAACUUCCGAUGAGAAUAAUGAAGCUGUGUUUAGGGUGGUUUUGAGUUUUUGUUGUGUGUUAUGUGUAAAUGUCAAUGUAAAAAGGAGAAGAGUCAGAAUGAGCUAUGUUGAAAACCGACAAUGCAAGGUCGAAUGUGUAACAUAGCCUUUUGAAAUGCUCAACUCGCAACAUGAAAACUGGUCUAGUCAGCUUUUAAUUUAUUAUCAUUUACUUCCUGUAGGCUUCAGAAAGGGAAUGUAAAUGGUUGACAAGGAGCAAUGACAGUGAGCUCACAUUCAUGUUUGUUGUAAUGAAAUAUUACGAAGAUUAGAUGUUUCCACUGUGGAAAAAGAAGAUUCCAGCAUGCAUGUGCUCAUAUUAUCAUUAACAUUGAGUCACCCAAAAGAAGACUAAUGACGACAUUAAGAAAGUGAUAGAAGCUGGUUAUUGAGCAGUAUUAAGAUGCAGCGAUGAAUGAAAUAGUAGAAAAGGGUUUUUUACAUAUAUUUUAAUAUUUUUUUUUCUUUAAAACAGUCAGUGACUCUUUAAAUUAAAGACUCUAUGACAGUGAACGUAGUGUUGAACCACUACCUUUCAGAAAGAAGAAUUUAUAGAAAAAUGGGAAAAUAAUGAUUAUUCAGAAUCAAAUUGUUAGGUACAAAUCCUGGGGGUCUUUGACAACGAAACAAGUUUAAAAUAAAAACAAAGUUGUGUUUAACUAAAUUUAAGUAAUUUUAUGAUUUACAACACUUUAUUUCAUGCCGUUAUUGCAUCCAAAGCUAUUUCUUUUUGGAAAACUCUGUAAUCCUUCACUCUGAACAGGCUGAUGUACUCACCCUUGAAUCUGAAUGAACUUUCCUUUGAGUAAAAGCACUGGAUUUUACACGUGUGAGCCUCUCCUAGGUGCGUGCCUCUAUCUCUUAUCUCUGUACUCAGACACAGAGAUCAGAAGCAUUGAAAAGUUUACAGUUAUUGUAGUCACUCACUGCAACUCAGAUCUGCUGAAUAUCUGAAAUAACAUUACUACCCCUAAUGCUGAGUCAGGCUUCUGCUGCUCCUCCACAGAUGCGUAUAUUCACACUUACCUCACACUAUCACAGCAGUGCUUUACAAAAACAGCUAAAGUUUACAUUAGAUGUCUUUAUAAUGUGCAUCACAUCAUCUGCCUGCAGAAUGUCCUUUGACCUGUCACUAUUUGAAAUACAUUCCAGCAGAGUUAUCACAUUGUUAGCAGGUGUUUUGUUUGCACUGAUAACUAAUAGAAUACCGCAUAUUUAAUAUGCAGUGUGAUGCUUGUCCCAGCCUGAUCACUGCAAAAUGAGUUUAACAUAUGUCUGAGUAAGGAAAACUUUGUGUAUUUAUUUUUGUCACAGUUUGUUCAUAGUUGGCAUUUUCAAUCUGUGAGUUUGUGUUUAAAAAAAAUUAAUAAUUGUUUUGCGGGGGGAGGGGCUGGUGUUAUAUCUAAGUUGGGAAAUUUUACUGUUCAUCAGUUUGACAGGUAUUUCCUUUAAUAAAUACAGCUGUCCUCA